AUGUCGCAGACGUCAGUAACUGCAUAUUUUAACUCGCGAAAACGACAAGCAACCGAUGAGCUCAAAAAUAAAACAAAGGUCCUCAUUUUAGAGCGUGAUAAAAUGCAAAUAACGCGAGCAACUGAUAAAAUUAACGAGGAUAUCGAACUUGAUAAUGAAUCUGUUAAAAUAAUUAAAAAAAACGAUGCUACGGAGAAAAUAAAUGUUGUAAAACGAAUUAUUCAAUUUGAUGGUGCUAAAAUAACUACACCAAGAACUCCUCGUGUUACUCGUUCUCGUAUUAAAAGUAAAAAAAAUACUGUCUUAGAAGGUCAGACUGACAUUAUGAAAUCUUUUUUAAAGAUAAAUAAUGAAAAACAGAAUGUUGUUUUUGAAAAGAAAGGACUGCUUAGCCCGAGAAAAAAUUUGACUUCAAAAGGAGUUAUUGAAGAACAAUCUGGUGGAUCUAUUAUCCCGAAAACGAUUCCCUUGAUGGAGCGAUUAGCACAACAAGAUUUAAGUUUAGAAGAAAUAAAAAAUCGUAUAAAUAAAUCUUCAAGAUUGGCUGAAUUGAAAAAGCGUAUUGAUAUCAUUAACGAGUGCAAAAAAAAACUUGAUAGCCUGCAAAAUUCAGAUGAACCAUUACCAAAAAUAAAAAAAUUUGACAAGAUUCAAUUAGAAGUUCCCGUCAGCCCCCAAAAGAGUUUAAAAUCACCAUUAAAGACUCCUGUGAAGAAAAUUGAUUUAUCAUCAAAUGCCAGCCCUCAACGACGACUCCUCUUUUCACCUAAGGAAUCAACACCAAGUCCAGUUAAAUGUAGCCCUACCAAGACUCCUGCUUAUCAAAGAUAUCAGUCUAUUAGUCAGAGUGAAACUCCUGCACUUUCCUUACCAUUUAGUUACAGAUUUUUAGCUGAAGUUUUUCGUUGCAUUGAUACGGUUGCAGCAAUGUUGUUCAAUCGAAAAGAAACAAUUACGUUCCGGAAACUCAAACCAGCUGUGCAAGAACUUCUUCGCCAUAAUUUUACUUUAGAACAUUUAGCUCAAAUAAAAAGUAUUUAUCCGGAUGCUUACAAUUUCAGCCAAGAAAAAAUGCGAAAUUUUGGAUCUACCUCGAAGCUAGAAAAGUAUGAGUUGGUAUUAAAACCCUUCGUUGAAAAUACAACUAAAAAACGAAGUGAUAGGGAUAAUCUUGAUGAUAAUAAUAUUUACAAUACCACGUCUGAUACAACUAUGGGGCCAAACGUUCUAUUACAACGACGAAGAAAGUUGUACCACGCAUUAUUAGAGAGAACUAAAAUGCAUCAUGAAAUAUUUUUGAAGAGUUUGGAAAGUCCACUUGUCAUUCCAAAAGAAAAGAUAACUCGUUGGCAUCCAGAAUUUGACGUGGAUAAUUGUCCAACUAUCGAAGUAGCAGAAUUACCUCAACCACCCACCACAGAAAAAGCAUUAUCUGCUAAGGAUGUCCUUGUCAUUAUUAGUAGCACUAUGAUGAAAUAUAGCGUAUGUCAUGAAAACAAUAACUAUCUAAUUCGUGCGAAGCAAGCUGCGAAAGCUUUGGAGGCAAUGACUCGUACACCAAAUGAAGAAAAAGAAGCCACAAUAUAUGCAAGGCUUCCAGAGUUAGCGAAAAUUCUAAGAAAUAUUUUUGUUGCUGAAAAAAAAUGUGUACUCCUUUUAGAGUUUGUUAUUGAUAAGCUCGAUAAUUCUUAUAGAACUAAACUAACAUCCAAAGAGUUAGAGGAACAUAUAAAACUCAUGUGUAAAUUACUUCCGACAUGGGCGACUAUUCAUCAUAUUCGAAAGCAAGAUUAUCUAAAAAUAUCGAAAGACGUUGAUAUCGCUAAGGUCGUUAAAAAAUAUGAAUUACAAGCUAAUGAUAAACUCAAAGUUUGA